AUGUUGUAUGGCGGCUCGGCGUUAGCAAGCGCGCUUGACCCCCUGUCGGACGCGUUCCGCACAGCACUGGCACCGCCAGCCCCGGCAGCGCCCGCCUGCCGUCGUUUGACGCUUGUGUACGGGGAUCUCUCAGCAGCGGAUGCGCCAGAGAUCAGCGUCGGGCACGCGGACGGAGAGGAACAGACGGCUACUCCGGAACCUGCGCACACCACACAGGCGCCGGUGGCCGAACACCCUUCACCGGGGAGGGCGGAUAGCGAAGCCGAGACCGUUGGAGACGCUGAUGGGAAUGAGGCGCCGCCCGUCGGCAGCCCUGCCCCAGCAUGGCCAAGAGCCGCCUUGGCUUGGCUAGGCACCAUCGACCUUGCGGAGGCAUUCCGCGAACGGUUGCCGACCAUCCGCACGGUGCCCCGAUUCCUCACAGCGGGGGUGCGCAGGUGCCUGACCCGUUGCCUCAACGAUCUGCAAAUCGCUUAUCGGCGACGUGAUGGGGCUGCCCGAGAAGCAGCGUGGAAACUGUUUUUGCUGGCUCCGCGUUUGCUACUGGCGCGCUGCCGUGACACCGGGCCAGUCGGGCGAGCCGCUCUCCUGCGCCGCGUUGAGCUCUUUGAGUCGGGCUCGUGGGAGCAGGUGCUGGAAGAGGCCCGAGCGGGCUCCCCGACAGCUGCCCGGGCGCGCCAAGCCCUCACAGCAGCUGCGCUGGCCCCUGGCACUGAUGAGACUCUCCGGGCAUUAUCGGAUCCCACCCGUCGGCCGCCAUCUCGGCGCCGUGAGAUACCUGCAGAGGUAUUGAGCCAUGAGCCGGCAGAGGCCGUCACCUUGUCGGUCCAACAAGUCGCGGAGUCACUCCGUCGCGCCAAGCGAGGGUCCGCACCAGGCCUGUCGGGGGCAACGGUAGACCAUUACAAGUUGCUCUUGGACGACCCUGCAGCGCUCGAGCUCCUGGCUUUUGCAGUCAACUGCCUUGCGCGGGCUGACGUGCCGCCUGUCAUUGUCCAAGCCCUUUCCCUGUCAAGGCUAACGGCCUUGCGCAAGCCAGGAG